AUGAACGCGUGUCGACCUUUUUUCCGUCUUCAAAGAAACGUCUGCUCUUCAUCGAUUCGAUUCAAAGCAAGAAGAUCCAAGAAAACCACUACUCUGCCUAUCUCUCAUGAAACAUUCAGAGGAGAGGAAACAGAUUUGGAGGCGGGCACAUUCCACUACAGUGUGGAGCAGUCUUCUUUCACGGAUAACGACCUUCCUCGACGCCUGCGUCUGGCCUCCAACGUUAACGUUAAAUCCUUGAUAUUGGGUUCGAGUCUGUACAAUUUCGCUGCUGAGGAUUGGGACGAACUACCAACGGAGUUGCAGGCCGCCUUACAGCACGUCAUCCGCCUCCCUACCUUGGAACAUCUCGACAUUCGAAAUUUCAAGAACGUACCACCCUCUUUAUUAAGCGCUGCUACCUUCUCAAGUUUAUUCAUAAAGCAUACCAAAUUCCGCAAAAGCAAGCCCCACGAGCGCAAAAGUACCCCCCCUGAUACCGUAACCCGCUUAAAGUCAUUCAGCUAUAACAACAUCUCACCUUCCAGCAUCCGGGCCCUCGUACGCGGCAGAAUAUUUACGGAUUCAUUUGCCAUAGACUUUUCAAGUCUACAGUCACUCAGCGUAAGCCUGCACGAUGCGGAUGAGGUUGCCGCAUCCAAAGAGGUGAUGAAUGUCUCACCUAACUUAAAUUACCUUCUUUGCUCAGUCGGCCCAAAAAAUUCCCUAGGAGAGGUCUCCUCGUCUUUGGCAUCGUGUCGCUCAUUGAAAACAUUAGUACUUUUCUUCGAAGUCGGGGAUGAACUACAGGAUCCACUGCUAGGUCUGCCAGACGCACUAUCCGAGAUGUCGGGAGACAACGUACUUGAAGAACUGCUAAUAAACGCCCAUGUCCAGAGCAUCAACUCUUGCCGAACCGAUGCAAUGUGGGGGAGACUGGAUGAUGUCCUAUCGCGGUCUGCCUUUCAUACUCUUCGCCGUGUAUCCCUCAAAAUUAUCCUUUGGAUCAACGAUAUAUGUUUCUUCGACGACGAACUUGAGGAACGUCGAGUAGGGGAACGCCACCGGAAGGUGUUGAAGGGGGAACUGGAGAAAAUCAGAGCUUCACAAUUCUCCUGGCUUUCGAAUGCACGUAACGUGAAGUUUGAAUUCGCUGUGAGAAUAAUUUCGCAUGGUCAAAGGGAUGUCGAUCCAGAAAUUCAACGAUACUUGCAAUCGGAUGUUUUGUGA